UUGGUCUGUCUUGUUAAUUUCUUUUUUUUUUUUUCCAUGCAGUGUGUUAAGUCCGCAUAAUUAGUACUCCAUAGUUUAGCAUUGCAGUUAUUUAUAUUGGUUUGCUUUGUUCAUUGAUCAUUGAUGACUGGCGAGAGUGGAUUGAGUUUUAACUUUAAGCACACUGGCUCCUUUCAUAGUAUCAAAUUACUGCAUCUUUGAAAGAUUUUAUAUGCAACUUGGUGGUUUUUGUUAGCUCAAUGUAAUAGUUCCAUUUCUUUUCAUUUACAUGAAAUGUUUUCCAAACAUUGCAUAAUGCACCAAUACAUUUCCCCAAAAAAAUAAAUAAAUUAUCUGUCAAUGCUGCAAUGGGCAUGUGUUCGCACUAUGUGUUCCUUCUGUGAGUGCCAACUAUGAAGGCUUCUACAACUCAGCUAGUGGAGGGCACCUUACUGCAUCAUUGCUUCUGAUUUUUCUGGAAUCCCUCUGGUACUUGUGGAGUCUGAGCAAAGUGUUGCCAUUAGCAAUAGGAUGCUGGCAACACAAUGCCUCCCAUAGCUCUAAUAUCAAAGGGCUUAAUCAAGAUAAUCUAAAGCUCUUGAAUGGAGGUGUUUUUACUUUUUACACAAAAGGAAGUGCGAAAUAAAGCCGAAUUUAGUCUCCACCUGUUUUGGCCAAUUAUGAUGCAGUGUGGCAUUCAGUGUUCAUUUUUUGGUAGGUAAGUUUUUUGAAGUAUUUUCAGAAGUUCAGCAAUGUGAUCAAAGACUCGAAAGGCUAGAUCUGGCCUGCAAGAGGCAGCUAAAUUCCUACACAGUAGAGUAUCUGCCCUCAAUUCCAGAUCUGCAACUUAACAACAGCAGUCUGUUGAGCUUUUCUGGGGUGUCAGGAUAUUGUUUAAAGGAAACCGUGUAUUUUUUAAGUGUAAACCCCCAUUCUCAACUGAUUCUUUGGCGCAGGAUUUGCAAUGUCCAUGCAUUCAUGGGUGGUGGACGGAUUCUGCAUUUCAUUUCCUGGAUGUGACAAGCAUACUCUUCUUGUAUAGAAGAGCUCUAUGACUCAUCAUGGCAUCACCAUCAUACAUUUUCCCCCGUCAUUAGUGCCCUCCAUUCAUCAUCACUUUUACCCAUCCUCAUUGCCAGACUUGUUUCAAUGCCGACCUCGAAGCUGAGGCAGCAGAAUAAAAUGGAGAAGGCACUCUCUUUACAUUUUCCCACCAUGAGACAUCCACCUUUCGAUUCUUGUUCCUUGACAUCAAUUAGUCCAAUGUGCAAGGAUUUGCUUUUGUGUACAUGGAAGAUGAAAGAGAUGGCGAUGAUGCUAUACGGGGGCUUGAUCGACUGGAAUUUGGUAGGAAGGGGCGUAGGCUUCGUGUUGAGUGGUCAAAGGAAGAACGAGGUAGACGCCUUGAGAGUUCCAAGAGAUCUUCUGGUGGUACAAGGCCUUCAAAGACUUUGUUUGUCAUCAACUUUGAUCCCUACCAUACUAGGACAAGGGACUUAGAGAGGCACUUUGAGCCAUAUGGUAAAAUACUCAACAUAAGGAUCAGAAGGAAUUUCGCAUUCAUUCAAUAUGAAAUGCAAGAGGAUGCCACCAAAGCAUUGGAUGCCACGAACUUGAGUAAAUUGAUGGAUCGUGUCAUUACUGUGGAAUAUGCUAUCAAAGAUGAUGAUGAGCGGAGAAGUGGACAUAGUCCUGAUAGAACUCGUGACAGGUCUCCUAGGCGGGGUUAUGAUCGUGGUCGGUCUCGAAGCCCUUAUGGGAGAGAGAGGGCCAGUCCUGACUAUGGUCGUGGUCGAGGCCGUAGCCCCAGUCCAUAUCGUCGAGAAAGGGCCAGUCCUGAUUAUGGUCGUAGCCCUAGCGGAAGUCCAAAUCACAAGGGAAGGGAUUCUGAACAUGCCCGUGGGCGUAGUCCAAAUGUUAGGAAGGAGAGGAAUUCUGGUAAUGGUAGUGCCCACAGCCUGAGUCCUCGACAGGGGAGUCCUGCUCGUGACAAUGGCCGUGCUAACGGUGAGCUUGAGGGGGGAAGUCCUGAUUAUGCUCGUGAACAUAGCCCAAGUCCUCACAGAGAAAGGCAAGAGAAGUCCAGUCCUGAUGACUAUCGUCAUGGUGGCAGCCCAAAUUUAAAGCAUGAAGUUAUGGAUGGCCCUGAAUAUGGGGGAGAAAGUCCACCUGAAAGAUACAGGAGUGGUUCAGCCUCAUCGCGAGAGAGGUCUCGUUCUUGAAUAUGUUGCCCAAUUUUACCUGGUAGUUGGAGCAUUUUCAGUUGGGCAUGCCCUUGAUGAAGUUGCUUUUUUACAGGAAUAGCCGAGUGUUCUGGUAAAGUGUAAUGCCAUUUCUAAGAACUGUUGUUGAACAAAUCAACAUUGUAGUAGUUUCUGCGGUCACAUUUCAGAUGUUCUUUCAUGUCAUUUUAUUCAUGCCUCAACCAACAAACUGCAUUUGAUUGAAUUGGUUAUAUAUGAUUCUCCUUAUUUUC